AAAUAUGAACCUCUGGCUGCCUAUGGAAUAAUCAUCUGUUGCAAGGCCCAACCAAAGAUCCCCUCUUUGGGACAUUUCGGAAAUCACCAGUCGUCUCGAUGGCUCGCGGGACACAAUCUAACGUUCCUACGGGCCCGACCAAGCGGAAUACCAAGAGAUUGCGGUGCAAUUUAGACGGAAACGAGGGAGUACGACCGGGUUCUGUGUCAGGUCAACGGAUCGGUCAACUUAAUCGACGAGCGACUGCCAAGGUGCAUGCACAACGUGUAGGGCGAACAGCUGCGGUCGCAACCAACAUGGAACUAGACACCGAGCCGGAACGAUUGGACAAAGUUGAGGAACGCAAUGGCUGUCGAACGGAACCACAGGCGAUCGGAAGUCCUGGUGGUGCGGGGCUUCGUGAACACAAUCAAUUGGAACUGAGCCCAACUGGUGAAGAGCCCCAAAUUGAGGGUAACAUCACUCGACUGCCCUAUUCAGUCAAUCAGUUGUCCGUCUCGGACCAAAGCUCGAGAAGUUCGAAGACUCUCAAUAAGACUUUGUUAAAAGAAGUCCAGGAACUCUUUGGCGUCAAUCCUGUCGAGAUGAACGUUGCAGUUCGUGAUGCACAUGGGCGUGUUCAUGUUCUGUCGUCUGGUUGCCCUCAACCGGACUUUGGCUACACGUACUUGAGCCGUGCUAUGACAUCCACCCAACCGAUGGUCCAUUCGUCUGGUUACCCUCUUGCCGCAGAACCAGCUCAAGGUAGUUUGGCGGCUGUGGAAACCCAGCUGGUUCCAGAAAAGAUCCCAUCUAGCAAGCCUAAAGGACGCCGCCGAUCCAGUUCCAGUACAGACCUACCCAUGGAAGGGGAAUCCCGAAGAAGAAAGCAAGCUCGCCUUGAUACGACUGUUGCUACCAAGACUGUCGAUGCCAAGGCAUCGGUCAUCACGGAUGAGGGCGAAGCUGAAGCUGAGAUGUUCCUUAAUCGAACACGAUCCAACGGGGUUCCAGUCAUGUCCAUCCGGAUUGGUGAUGAAACUGCAGUUAUUGCCUUCUACAGAGAAGGAUUCGAAUGCAUCCAGCAGAUGGCCGUGAAGAUGAUCCUGAAGGAGUGGAUCAAGGCCACGGAACCCAAAAAGCAGACGAACUUCCCCUACAUCUCGACCAAGAAGUUCGGCAAGAAUGGAAAGGUCCCGCCCUGGUGGCCUGAACAGGUUAAGCACAUGGAACCGGAUCACCUGUGCAAAAAAGACAGGAACGAACUGGCUUUGCAUAUCCUCCGCAACAUGCGAGCCGAGGAGAUCCGCCAGCCGAGUUGGGUGGACUGGCUCAAGAAGUCCACGUCGAGCAAAACCUUCACCUUCGAGGGCGACAAAGGCAAUAUGGACAAGGCUGCCCAACGCGAAAAGAUCCUGGGCCAAAUCUACACGCUCGCCGGACGGGAGGAAGAGUACCUGAACGGUGAUAUUGAUGGAGACACUACCGUUCACCUCGACGUCUUGCCUAGCUCCCUGCCUCGAAUCCCGCCUCGAAGGAGGCGGAAGGAGUCUCAACCGAAACCCAAUGAAGAGCCAGUGGAGACUGAGCGUGUCAAAAUCCAGGAAGACACCAUAAGCAACCCGCGAACGCCUUCAGUUGCCAGCGUUGAGCAGGAGGGCCGCCAUCGGUCGCCAUCUCCCCCCCCUCAACAGCCUGAUACUGGUUUCUUCGUCAACCAGGACGAAAAUAUCGCGCCUAUCACGCAGUUCCCGGCUGAAUCCAUGCCUUGGGCCGGUGAAGGGUUCGAGGCGGACUCAAAGUACGAACCUGACUCGAUCACGGAGCCGCUUACUGCAACCUCAUCUUUCAUGUCUUUCGUCGAGCCACCGACGUGGACAUACACUAGCCCAGCGCCCACUUCAAUGCAGGGUCUGUACUAUGCGCCGCCGACUGCCACUGCCGAGACCAUCGGGAUGGAGGAUUCAGCGGCGGCCAACCCUAUGGCUCCCGAAAUGUGCUACGCGAACUCCAACGCGGAAGCCCCAGGCUUCGUGUUUUCACAACCGACUGGUUGGGAGUACGGCAACUACGUUAGUUGCGGCGGUAUUGUUGGUGGUUCGGCUUCCUAUUACUCCUGAGUCUUUGGAAUCCCAUCCACGUCCUGUCUCUACUGGUUGACUACACUCGCCUCGAUCACCAAAGAGGUUGCUGCCUUUCCACAGGUUCAUUCUUCGCUACGCCACGAUACACGACGCGACGCGACACGACACUCUCCCUCGAGCUGUAUCAUAUCGAAUUUCCUUACGCCACGGCCCAUCACGACUUUCACGACCUCGAACAAUUUGUGUAUUUCUGGUAUAAUACAGCAGUAUGACUUACUUUCCGCGAGCGAUGCAUGCAUUGAGUUUCAGCCGACAUUUUGGUCCCUGAAAGUGCAG